GUGCCAAGGCAGCCUGCGUACCUUGAUACAUCGACUUUGUUUAGCUGAUUUUGUACUGAUUUUUUCCCCUCUAUCCUUGGAUAUAAAUGACUGAUUGCCAAAUGGUUUCCUCAGAUUUUACACCAGAAGAGAAGAUGGAGAUCAAAACCAUCAAGACAUAUAAAAAAGACCUUCUGGAUGAUAUCCAGAAGUUAAAAAUGGAGAUAGACAAUGUGAUGGCAGAAAUACUCAGUUUUGAGUCUGCAGAAGAAAACAAAGCAAUAGAGAAAAACAAACAAUUUGCAAACGGGAAGAAGAAAUUCAACAUGGACCCUAAAAAGGGAAUCAAUUACUUGUUGGAGAUUAAGCUGCUGGAUGGAAGUGCUCGAUCCAUCGCCGAGUUUCUCUACAAGGAAGAAGGACUCAACAAGACAGCCAUUGGAGAAUUCCUUGGAGAAAGGGAAGAACUCCACCUUCAGACCCUGAAGGCUUUUGUGGAGCUGCACGAGUUCUCCGACCUCAACCUGGUCCAGGCUCUCAGACAGUUUCUGUGGAGUUUCCGUCUGCCUGGUGAAGCUCAGAAGAUUGACCGUAUGAUGGAGGCCUUCGCCACCCGCUACUGCGACUGCAACCCCGAUGUCUUCCAGUCGACUGACACGUGCUACAUCCUGUCUUUUGCCAUCAUCAUGUUGAACACGAGCCUUCAUAACCCCAACGUGAAGGACAAAACCACUCUGGAGCGUUUCAUCUCCAUGAACAGAGGCAUCAACAAUGGAGAGGACCUACCCAAUGAUCUGCUGUCGAAACUGUACGAGAGCAUACGCAACGAGCCCUUCAAAAUCCCCGAGGACGAUGGGAAUGAUCUGACUCACACCUUCUUCAACCCCGACAGAGAAGGAUGGCUCCUCAAACUUGGAGGUCGGGUUAAGACGUGGAAGAGGCGAUGGUUCAUUCUGACAGACAACUGCCUGUACUACUUCGAGUACACCACUGAUAAAGAGCCCCGAGGCAUCAUCCCCCUGGAGAAUCUCUGUGUUAGAGAAGUGCAUUACCCUCGUAAACCGUACUGUCUGGAGCUGUACAACCCCAACAGUCGAGGGCAGAAGAUCAAAGCAUGCAAGACAGAGACGGAUGGCAGGGUGGUGGAGGGGAAACACCAGUCCUACACAAUCUGUGCCUCCAGCGCAGAAGAGAGAGAUUCCUGGAUUGAGGCCAUCAGGGCAAGUAUCACCAAGGAUCCGUUCUACGACUUGGUCUCAGUCCGUAAGAAAAAGGUGAUACACCAAACUUCCCAGGACUCAGGAGAGCAGGAUCCGACCUCGUGAAUGUUCAGCUCACUCCACCGUGCACUGUGGAUUGUAAUUUCUUUUGAAAAUCAUUUUAACCACCCUGCAACAAAAGGGCAAUGGAGGCUUCAGAAACACACUGACGGUGGUGGUUUAGACUAAAAAAGAGACUUCCCUUUCCACUUCUCCUUUCAUAGACUGAGAAACACAGUGUCAGGGGUGAAAAAAUGACUCAUUUGUGUUGUUCAUGGCAUCAGCACGGCGGGCAAAGGAGCGCUUGGCAACAAAUUCUCUGGGCCCACACGAGGAGAUAUGUCGGUUUAGGUUAACACAUUUGACAGUGUGUGUUUACUGCACUUGUUUUCCUCUCUGCAGUGAGAAGAUGAUUCUUUUGGUUUUAUUUACACCUAACCAAGUAUCUCAGCUAAGGAAGAAAAAUUAAACAUGUGAUGUCUCAGCAGUUCCUUGAAUGCUAUUAAAAGGCGCAUGUAGGGCACAGCGUCUUACUCAACUCAGUUCUCAUAGUGCUCAGAAGCGGACAUUUAUAGAGUGAUUUUAUUUCUGUCUGGUGGACAGCUUUAAGUUUUACUGCAAAUCCAUUGGUUGUGUUAUCUCAGUGACCCGUUGAAGUGUGUAGUUUGUACAGAAUCAUUUUCACGUAUGUAAAUAUGUUUUUCAGUUGUUUGGAUCUUAUACAGUCACAUCAAAUGUAUGUUAAUAUGUUUUUGUCAUGUAAAUUGAAAGGACAGUGCAAUAGGAACAUGCAUAUUAUAUCCGCUUUGUAACAAAUUUACUGUGUAAAUAGAAAUCAUUUAACCAUUCAUUGUGUUUUGAGUCAGUCUGUAUACUGCAUAUGUUUGAUCACUGUGAGGACUGUAUUUUUUAUGCUCUCACAAAAUGAUUAUUUAAUCAAAAAAAAGUGUUUAUCGGUGCGUUUGUAUUAAAAAGGAGGAUUUUGUUUUCAUA